AUGCAGUCGCUCUCGGCUGCGCGUCCACCGGCUCAAUAUGUAACCGCACCCGGCAGUCAGUUCCGUCUGAUUGCCAAUGAAUACGAUAAAAACAAGUACGCGCAAUGCAACUACGCUUCUUAUCGAACUCUUCUCCGAUGCAAACAGGUGAUUUUUAUUGAAAAAAAAACGCUAAACUAUCAGUUUCAUUGCAGGUUCGUUCUAAAGAGGAAUUGGCAAAAAAUGGAGGACGGUGCGAAGAACAUGUGGAAUUUUCAAAAGUUUUGGAGGAGAAUCACAGAAAAGAAGUGCAGAGGUGUCAUGCCGAAAACGAUACAAAAAUGCAGAGACGACGUUUCGAUCCCUGGAUUGCUUCCAAUGAAUACAUUUCGUAAGUGCAAUGUCUUGCACUCACAAUAAGUUCAAGAUUUGCAGAGACGAAGAUGAUUUCCUGCAGGCAAUUGGAACACUUCCUCUCGAGUUCCAAAACCCUGUCAAUGACAAUACUCUAGAUGAUCAUCCUCUCAGGUUUCUUCGGAUUCGCCUGAAGGGAACGAACGAAUGACUUUUCAGAUAUGCUCGCUACUACACAGACAAAGAUCUCUUAAAAAUUAAGAUUGAUUUAGUUCAAAAAGAUAUAGAGAAUCUGAUUGAAUUCAAAGAACUGAUCACGACACAAGCGCGGAAAGAGCACGAUUCAUCGGGAAAGAAUAAUACAGACGGUAAGUGUGUCUUCUUGUUUUUUCUCACUUCGUGUUUGAUUUCAGACCGCCCGACAGAUAUCCCACAGCAAAGAUUCUUCGAUGCAUCCGACAGAUAUGCUCGGAACGAUUAUCUCACAUUGACGGUACGAAAAAGAUGUGAGAAUGUUCACGAGGGCUCUGUUUUGCAGACCGUGGAUCCAGUGUACAACAAAUGCUGUGUUGGACCUGAUAUGGACGAUGCGGUUGUCGUGCAGCACACCGUUCACUGCCUCCUCGAUAAAAUUGACAAUUUCACUCCGAUUUCCAUUGAGAAACAGUGCCACAAACCGGCGAUUCACCUCUCGAAGUUCUGCUUUGACCGUACGUUUCUUUUCUGUUGAUCAAUGUGAAAGCAUUGUUCAGAUAUCACACUGGAUCAUCGUCAAAAAAUGUUUGAUGUCUGCCAUGCGUGUGGUGUAACUGCGAUUGGAGGCUCUAACCCGAUGUGCUCAUUUCAUCUCAGUUUGUUAAUCACAAUAGUGUUCAAAUUAUACUAUUUGUUCAGAAUCACACGUCAAAAUGGGCACGACGUCUUGUCCAUGCAAUAAAUGUGCUCUGCCGAAUGAAAUAUCAACGUCUAUUGUCGAAGUUCCGGUUUGUUUGCAUUUGAUUUGUCAGAAUCAAAAAACAAAAACACGUUCUGUUUACAGACGCGUUGCAUAAUAGACUCAGACGAUGAGGAAGACACGAGACUGGCCAAUCUUUCAAGAAUCGAAACAGUUAGCAUAGGUUAAAUUUCGUCUCGAAGAUUUGUUCGUUUCCAGAUGGUCUCUCCAAUGCAACAGUUCGCUCCUCCACUGCCUACGCAUCUCUCAUCUGCUCCUCCCGCCAGAAGAUACCAUGGUGCACCGGCCCAAGUGCUCCGUCCUCCCCAAAUGGGACCUCCUCCCGGUGCUCCCACUUCUUCUGCUUCGAAAACCGCUGCUCAAAGAGUUGUAGCCAACCUGAGCAACCAAUUCCCUUCUCACGCUCGAUCACGUUUCGAUGAUCAUCAACUGCAAAAGUUACAAGAGGAAGAGGCGAAGUCGAUGAGCUGUGCUAGGUUUGAAAAAGACAUACAUUCAGUCUGAUCGAUACAUAUUUUAGAGUCCGGCCAGCCAGUCCGAGUCAGUAUGGACCUGGAAAGAAAAGUGAGUUCCGCUUAACGAAGCAUCGGAAUAAUUGUUUUCAGUUCCAGACCAACAACAAAAGCUUCAAAGUUCUCCGACCGUGUACAAUCAGAAGCCGCCGAUGCCUUCGAUCGUCUCUCCUACUACUUCGUCGCCCGUUCGUUCCACAUCACAAUACGCUGGAUGGCGGAAUCCAUCCGGUGCGACACCUCGUACAAUGCAUCAACUGCAUCAGAUGGGACCGCCUGUAACUCGCUUCUGUUUGUUCUGACCAUUUGGUUCCUUCUUCAGACUCGCUAUCCAGUGCAGCAACAACGUUAUCAGCCUAAUUCGUUUUCAUUCGAUCGUGCCCAAGAACCCCAGACUGCUGAUGAGCUUGUAGAAGAUCGUGGCUCUCCGCCGCCUCCGAAGUACCCCGGCCCUGAUCCGCCUCGUCGUGGGGUCCCUUACUACAAGAAUGUGUCAGCUUACCGCAAAAGUAAUACCCGGUCACGUUUUUUGUUUCAAUUGUUCGUUUUCAGCCGAGCAGCCAUCCCGUCACCUAGGAGCACCUCCUCCCGCUUCUUCUUCUUCUUCUACUCAUUCCUCACCUAUCCUGGCACCUUCUCCGCACCCUUCGCCGCAAAUGCAACGUUUCCGUCCGGUGGGAUCCCGUCUUCCGAUGCCGCCCCAUCGUGCCAUCGCUGCCGGUCUCAAUCCCGCUGACGUUGUGAAUGCGUCGACGCCAAGACCAUCCUAUCGGAUGGCGCUUCCUUUGCAACAACCACAACAGCAAUCGCAUCCAUCCCCGCAACAGUUUCAACACCAGCAGGAUCCCCAACACAAUUCCGAGCCGAUAAUGGCAAUGACAGUGGGAAAUCCUGCUCCAGGAUUCAAUUUGUCUUCCCGUCGGCCUGGGCAAAUUCCGCCGCAUAGAAUGAAGGGCGGCACCGGGACGACUCCGAGCAAAGUAACGACAAGCUACACAGUGAUAUCCUCUAAUCCCUCAUUGAUACCUUAUUCUUCAUUCCCAAUGACUUCCAGCUCCCGUUACUAUGGACAGUGAGUCGGAAUGUACUCAUUUUCUUGAUCAUCUUGGAUCUUGCAGACUGGCUCACCCUUCUUUGGAUUCUGCUCGCCACGACGCUCGUUUUGCCAAUAUGAAUGUCAAAACGUUUCUUUCGAUGGGAAACAAGGAUUUGAGCAGCAUGACUCAAGAGGAAAUCGACCAACUGGCUGCAUCGCAAGACAAAAGAAAGGGAGCCACUGCUCAAUCGACGCUCGGCAGCCCGCCUUCUAGCUCCUCUUCAGUCUUGCACGGUCAGGAAGAGACUCCACUCUUUCCCGCCGAAUCACUUCCAGUGACUCCAGGCACUUCAGCAUCUCGAACCCCGACAACACGGAUCUACAGAAAAAGGAAAAAUGAGGAGACGCUCAAGACGACGCCGGCUCCCAUAAAUGCCAUAUCUUCUAGUCAAGACUCCGAGGUCGGAGAGGGAUCGGUUCCAGUCACUGAACAGAAUGUUUCCCCUCCGAUAUCCACUGCAACGUCUACCGGAGAGCCUGCGGCCAAGAAAUCAACGAAUUCAGGUGCAUCCAGUCCGACGAAGCCAGUGCAAAUGGACAAGAGUGCACAAGGUUCAAACUUCAAUUUUUGUCACUGGAAUAAGUUUGAUUUCAGAGCCUGCCAAAUGCGCCAAAUCAACGGACGAGCAGACAACGUCGACGCAUUCAGUACCAUCUGCACCUACCGGGCGGGCUCCGCGAGCUGCUGCGAUUGCUGCCAACCAAGCCAUUUCUACUCAUAAAGUAGUCACGUCUCCGCCGGCCGCACAGCCUACAGCGGCUGCUGCCAACCAACAAGUCCGGCUCAUUUGAAUAUUGGAAAAAUUGUUGAAAUUGUUUAGGAUGCUUCGCAAGAUGCCAGUGGAUCCGGUGCUUCAGGUGGCAAGUCAAAUCCGCUAGAUAUGCUCGCAGAGUUGUCGGAAGCUGUUGCGGCCAAUGAAAAGGUUCUCGAUGCGAAGACGAAAGACAAGAAGAAGGGUGAGCUUGAUAGAAAUAGAGAACCGAGAGGCUGAUCCAGCACGAUUUUCAGCUUCGAAGAAAACUGCACCGAAAGGUUCCGCUCCUUCGACUUUAUGUGCCCCAUCCACAUCAUCAGCACUGUCCACGUCUUCGGAAACGCCCACCCAACGCCGUUCGUCGAGAAAGGUGUCCCGUGAAGCCAGCGAAGAAUAUGAAGAAGAGCUCUAG